UAACAAGAAGAUUAUAUUAUAUCCUUAUUGUAAUAUGAACUUAUCGCUUAAAUAUCUUUGCCUGCUGACGGCGUUUUUACUUCUUUGGUAUUCUAAAUCUACUAUUGAAGCAAAAGAAAUACUUGAAUGCGACUUAGAAUCUGGCGUAUGCAAUGGAAAAGAUAUAUACAUCAAACAACAACAGGACCCAUCAGGGAAACCACAGCUGAUUUCUUCAUCGUUAAAUCAAAGAUCUGUGCGAAGGUCAGUGAAUGCACUUGAUAUUUUUUGGCUAAGAAAAAGAAGAACUACAACGUUUAAGCCAAAAACGAAUUCUACACUACAAACCGAAUCAACGAUUUAUCAUUCUAAUUUUACUACCGAACUAUGGAAUACAACUACUGCUGCUCCCAAUUCAACACAUUAUUAUAAUUCGACUACCAAACUAUGGAAUACAACUACUGUUGCUCCCAAUUCAACACAUUAUUCUAAUUUUACUACCAAACUAUGGAAUACAACUACUGUUGCUCCCAAUUCAACACAUUAUUCUAAUUUUACUACCAAACUAUGGAAUACAACUACUGCUGCUCCCAAUUCAAAAUUAUGAAAAGGCAAAAGACAGUGUUCAGAUAUUAUUUACCAGCAAAAUAAGCGAUAAGUCAAUUACAAUAAUCAUAACUUAU